AUGAAUUUUUUCAAAAAGAGAGCGGAAGAUGAUAGAGGCAGCUCCUCAUCUAGUCUUCCUCGGGAUGACACAGCAUCAGUGUCAUCAAAAGCAACAAGUACAAGUUCUACAUCAAAAACGGAACUUAUCAAAUGCUAUAUUCCCUUUGAACAACCAGUUAACCCUAUUAAAGCACCUGAGUUUGAUCUCGAUAAAGAGCAAAUUGAAAAAUAUGAAAAGUUAGUAGAUUAUUUUGAAGAUUAUAUUUUAAAGGAAGUACCAGUGAAUGACCAACACAAUGCUAUUACACAUCCACUCAUUGAAGAAGAGUUGGCUUGGUUGACAAAAGAAUGUUUUCUCAGAUAUUUGAGAGCGACAAAAUGGAAAGUGGAUGCUGCUAUCAAGAGAAUUGAAGACACGAUUAUUUGGAGAAGGACAUUUGGAGUGGUGAACUUACCAAACCAUACAGAUCCCAAGAAAUUUAUUACAGCAGAUUUGGUCUCCGACGAAAACGAAACAGGGAAACAGUUGAUUGUGGGAUAUGAUAAUGACAACAGACCUUGUCUUUAUUUACGUAACGGUUAUCAAAACACUGCUCCUAGUCUCAAACAAGUCCAGCAUUUAGUUUUCAUGCUUGAAAGGGUUAUACACUUUAUGCCGCCUGGUCAAGAUAGUUUGGCCCUAUUGAUCGAUUUUAAAGCAGCUCCGGCUGAACUCAAUUUGUCGUCUAAAUUCCCGUCAUUAUCUACAUCAAAACAAUGUUUGCAUAUUUUACAAAGCCAUUACCCAGAACGAUUAGGUAGAGGUUUGUUUACAAAUAUACCUUGGAUUGGCUAUACUUUCUUUAAAGUCGUGGGGCCUUUUAUUGACCCAUACACGAGACUGAAAACCAUUUACGAUCAACCAUUUGAAAAUUAUGUUCCCAAAGAACAAUUGGACAAAGAAUUCAACGGUAUAUUAGAUUUUGAAUACAUUCAUGAAACCUAUUGGCCCAAAAUGAAUGAGAUCGCCGACAGAAAAAGAGCAAACUACAUGGAGAAUUUCAGAAGGUUGGGAUCAAAAAUUGGGUUGAGCGAAUAUGACCUUAGAUUAGAGCAAGUUGCAUUAUAA